AACCGACCAGUCUAAGUGGUCAGUUCUCAAAUAGUACUGUAGUUGAGAACUGGCUGUUUGGACUUGUCGGUUCGACCUAAUGGAAAACGCCCUUAGAUCAGCCAAGAGGUUCUGUUUCAGGGUUAGUCUGUAAGCUAGCUAUGCCCUGACUUAGAUCAGCCCAAAGGUUCGGUUUCAGGGUUCAAUACAGUUUAAAGGCUAACCAUUAGUUUCAACAGCAGCGCCAGGAUCACGUAUUGGUUGGCAGCAAGUUUCCCCUAGAGUAUAGACCCAGUCACCUGCCUGUAUAUAUAUAUCUACAUACCUUGUUCAUCAGACCCUAUGUUUGGGGUAUAUCUACUACUGAUAGUGGUAAUACAUGUCAUAACCCACCAAGGGGCUGCCCACCAAUGUCGAGUACAAGUGAACGGAUGCAGUAUUCCUGGUAACCUGCCGUUUCUUUACAAGAAGAAAUUCACCCCAGCGUGCAACAAGCAUGAUGUGUGCUACAGCUGUGGGCAGUACUACCAUUGGUCUAGACAAUCAUGUGACAUUUCGUUUCAAAAUGAUAUGUACCAUCUCUGUACAUUGCCACGAAACAAGGGUUUUGUGUUUGAGAUCCUGAAUGGAGCGAAAAAAGUGUUGAAGACCAAAGAAGAAGCACACUGUCGCACUAUAGCUUACUUGUAUUACAAAGCAGUCGACCUGCUCGGGAGAGAUCGUUACAAUUACAUUUCUCCGGGGUGGUGUCAGGAUCCAUGCGUCGAAAAAAUAGGAAGCCCAAAUAGACGAAUAGGUUAUUCUGAAAACAAUUGAUUUAUAUGUAUCAAGGUUGGUCAACACAAAAUGUAUACAAGGACUGUGUAGCCAGUUUAGUGAAUAUAGAUUCAAAAUAAUUUUAGCGUGUACAGCACCAAAAAAAUACAUUUAUCAGACGUUUCGUUUCAGUGUAAAUUUACACGCCCAUAUUAGAAAUCAGCACUAGAUGAAUAUGUUAGCGUUAUUAAAUAAAGUUUAUCAUUCA